AUGGCAUUCUUUAUUGAUGGAAAGGACUGCAUGAUCUCGGAGUGGAUCCUUCUGGCAGUAUCUUACCUCUUCGUCGGCCUCCGAAUCUACGCUCGUCUGUUCCGUGCUCGCGAAAAACUCGAUGCUUCAGAUUGGCUUUUGAUAGUCUCAGCUCUCAAUGCUCUGGCUCUCAUUAUCUGCGACACACUUACAUAUCAGAUGGGCGUCUUGGAUAAAUACGAGACCUCAGUCAAGCUGUCAAAGAUUUCGUUUGCCUCAAACUACUUUUACGAUUUUGGAAUGGGGUUCCCCAAACUGAGUAUGCUGGCUUUCUAUUGGGCAUAUUUCCUGCCCUCCAACGGUGUCAGUUCCGCCAUGCGAAAGACUUUGUACGGCAUCACUGCGUUUGUCUGUAUCUCGUACCUGGUCAUUCUCUUUGACGACACUUUUUUCUGUGGAAAGGAUGUUUCUGUCCAAUGGUCCCAAGAAGAGGGUGCUUGCAGUGUCUUUUAUGCACCUGAGCCCUUCAUUCUCAACUUCACUUUAAAUUUGGCUUGCUACUUUGCUGUCUACGCUCUGCCCCUGAUCCUCCUUAUUCAAGGCGUUCUCAAGCCUUCUACUGGUGUUACAGCCACCUUCAUUCUCGGAGCUCUGACAAUUUGUACUACCAUGGUCCGAUUCAUCACCCUCAAGGUUGGCACUGGACAGGAGAACCUUGUCUAUCCACUGAGUAUGGUUGAGAUGGCUCUUGCCAUUACUGUAGUUGCACUUCCUGGAUUGAAGCCACUUGUUAACCGGCCUGUAAGACAUGAGACGGCGCAUGAAUCAUUUGAUAUUAAGAAAUAG